GAGAGCUCUGGCUGGGUCGUCGCGCUCGCUGCUCCAUCUUGAGUAGAAUAUAGCUUGUGUACGGUGCGAGUGUAUUUAGUGCGAUCAAAAAUCCGAUGUUUAUAUUUUGAAGUGGACGAAAUUAUAUCAAGAAAUGUCUUCGAACAACCAGAAGCUUUCGACCACCCAACGUAUGAUACAAGCCGUACCGUUUCCCCCGAGCCAUAAGUUGACAGUAGCCGAAGUGUUCGAGCCCCGGACUCAAAAACCGCAAACGGAGGUGCUGAAACAGCAUUUCGUCCUCGAAGGCCGCAUCGAUGAAGCUGCAGCGCUGCGCAUCAUUAACGAGGGAGCGCAGCUACUGCGCGCAGAAAAGACGAUGAUAGACAUCGAGGCUCCCGUCACGGUAUGCGGCGAUAUACACGGUCAGUUUUAUGACCUUAUGAAAUUAUUUGAGGUGGGGGGUCCACCUGCUAGUACAAAAUACCUUUUUCUUGGUGAUUACGUCGAUAGAGGAUAUUUUAGUAUAGAGUGCGUGUUGUACCUGUGGGCGCUUAAAUUGUGUUACCCUACCACCCUAUUUCUUCUCCGAGGGAACCACGAGUGUCGGCACUUAACGGAGUACUUUACCUUUAAACAAGAAUGUAAAAUAAAAUAUUCUGAACGUGUAUAUGAUGCGUGUAUGGAGGCGUUCGAUUGCUUGCCACUGGCGGCGCUCAUGAACCAACAGUUCCUUUGCGUACACGGGGGUUUAUCACCGGAAAUUCACAAUCUAGACGACAUACGAAAGUUAGAUCGAUUUAAAGAGCCGCCAGCGUUUGGACCCAUGUGCGAUUUGCUCUGGUCGGAUCCUCUAGAAGACUUCGGUAACGAAAACAACGCAGAACACUUUUCACACAAUUCCGUACGAGGCUGCUCAUAUUUUUACAGUUAUGCCGCCUGCUGCGACUUCCUUCAAAACAAUAAUCUUCUGUCAAUAAUUAGAGCGCACGAAGCACAAGACGCCGGAUAUAGGAUGUACAGGAAGAGUCAAACAACAGGGUUUCCGUCGUUAAUAACAAUAUUCUCGGCACCUAACUAUUUGGACGUGUAUAAUAAUAAGGCGGCAGUACUAAAAUACGAGAACAACGUGAUGAAUAUUCGCCAGUUCAACUACUCGCAGCAUCCGUAUUGGCUGCCGAAUUUCAUGGAUGUGUUCACGUGGUCGCUGCCCUUCGUCGGCGAGAAGGUCACAGAAAUGCUCGUCAACGUCCUAAACAUAUGUUCGGACGACGAGUUAGUGUCCGACGGAGACGAUGCGCUAGAAGAAGCGAAACAGGCUAAAAUAGUUAUAAAAAAACCUGCCAAUUUAAGGAAGGAGGUUAUUCGCAAUAAAAUACGGGCGAUUGGGAAAAUGGCCAGGGUAUUUUCUGUGUUGAGGGAGGAAAGCGAAUCUGUACUGCAGUUAAAGGGUCUGACGCCAACAGGGGCGUUGCCUCUCGGAGCGUUGUCGGGCGGAAAGACAAGCCUCAAAAACGCUUUGCAAGGAUUCUCGCCGAAUCACAAGAUCACGAGUUUCGCGGAAGCGAAAGGCCUGGACGCCAUUAACGAGCGUAUGCCCCCGCGGAAAGACGCGCCCCCCACCCCCGCCGAAGAGACUACCCAACAAGUUCAGCAGCAGCAGCAGGACCACAACCAUACGCAGUCCAACGCACACUCGUGAGCGAAGCUUGCGUAGGACAUCACAUUAGCCAACUGCAGAGAUUUAUGUGAUGGUUCGGUCCAUCAGUCGCAGUGGCUGUCACACCUACAUCUUGCAUCUUCAAUAAGUAUCAAACCUUUGUCGUUUGCGAGGUUCAUUCAAAAGGACUUUGAAGGAAAGAAAGUAGCUGGUCUGCUUCUCUCUCUAUUGCGUUAAUUUGCGCGUCGUCUCGCUCUUACACACUGCUCUUUUUUGACAUUUAAACAAAUAUUAUUAUCCUUUUUCUCGGCUCGUUUCGUUAACAGGAUCCCCAGCUUGAUUCUGGACUGAACUACAUUCCAUAGCUACUGGGUCGGUUAUCUUUCUUAUAUACAAAAUUUAGGUGUUCAGUUCUACACGACUGUCUGUGGUAUAUGUCAUAAUUGUUGCUUAAUCGAACACUUAUUAAUAAUAUUACUCGGUUCCGGUGUAAACUUCACGACUCUGAGAAUUUGGCACGCAUUUUUUUUUCAAACUCUUUGUUAAUAUUACACCAAAAUUGUAACAGUAAUUUUCGCCACAAGUUAAUCUUUUUUAAGCUGUUCGGUGUUGAUAGGCCGUGUUAUAAGCAACGUUGCCAAUUUUGAUUUGUUAUUUAGUUCAUAAAUCGCCCGAGAUCUUGUCAGUUUUAUUAAUUAGUAGCCUAAUGGUUAUCACGCUAUGAAUGACACUUAUAUUUUGGCAUUAACUUCAUGUUACUAAGUAUGACCGAAGCUUCCAUUAACAUUAAUUUAACGCUAACAUUAAAAUUAAGAAAUGAACGGUUCAAAUCCCCUUUUGCACAAAAUAGCAAAUAAUCCAUAAGUUGAGUUUGAAACAUAUGGAAAUUAUUGAAAAGUUAAAGCAAACUUUUUAAUGUUAAUAUUAAUGAUUUAGUGAAGUUGAAUGUCCAUCUGUAUUACUUUUUACUUAAAUUGUAUAAUAAUUAGUGUUAAUGGAUACCUAACUAACCAAAAUAUUAUCAUGGCCCAUAGAUGCGAUCCUUUCUUUGCGUAAAAAAAUGUAAGUGAAAUUCGGUGGGUCGUGAACUUUACCGCGCCCAACUAUAUUCGGUCUAGCUGGUGUCGAUCGAGUAACAGAAAACGUUGGAAAUCAUAAAACGGCUAAAAUGAUGCGCCGUCGAUUAUCUAAACUACGGCAUAGUUGUAGUCGUUUUGUGUAUCGCGACGUUAAAUGUCGGUCAGCAGUGUGAAGCAGCGAGCUGGAACUGGCUGUACGCACGUAUUAAGUGAUAUAAAGCGUGCCAUAUAGCUCCUCUGUCGCCACGAGUCGUUGUCGUGUUCAUCUUCGCCCAGCCGUACCUACCUACUCGUUUUCAUACUGUGUGUUAAUUUAAAGAUAGCUAAGGAAAUUAUUUAAGUCAUGUGCAGAGUUAAAGAGAAGAAAACGUAAUUGUGUAAACUAAAUACAUUUAUCUCUCUAUUAAUAUACAUAUACAUAUAUAUAUAUAUAUAUACAUUUAAAAAAAAGAUCGAUCUUUGAUUAACACAAAACACACAUCUUUGCUACGAGUUGUACUUAUUAUACUUGUUUUUUUUAUUGUACAAAUUGUGUUAUAUUACGUGGUUAACAUUUAAAGAGAUUCCUCUUUGUCUGAGGGAGACGUAUUUUGUUUAACCGAAUAUGUAUAUAAAUGUACAAAAUAUGUGUUAAUAAGUGAAUGUUAAUCCACCCUUUAAAAAGAAAAUAAAGAAUCUCCAGCACCGUUGUUUAACCAUAGGGAUUUGUUAGCAAAAUGGAUUUACUAAACCUUUUUCUCAGACGUAGAGUGUGAAUGGUUAUGCGAGAGAGUGUUAAAUUAUGUUAUCUUUGAAUCUUACUCUGUAAAUUUAUUCUAUAUUAUAUACAAAUUAAUAUAACGGUAUAGUUAAUUAUUAAGUAAUAUCUCAACCAACUAUCGGAUUAACUUGGAAAAUAUAUUAAAUGAAAUAUUUAUAUCAAUGGAAAAAUUCAUAUGGCGUCCCUUAACUUUUAUACGAAUAUUUAAAUUAUUACUUGUUUACAGUUUUCGACGCGUACCUUUUAUGAACCACCAAGCCAUCGUUUGUUAUAGACUGAUUUUUGUGCUUCAAACCCAACGCUUGGUAAUUUUUGCGACACCGGGGUCCCCGUGUCUAAGGGUUAUUCCAAUAAUAUCACUUUCCGAUCAUCUAACGUCCCGUCAUUUUGCUUUUGUUAACUAUUUAUUCUGAGAUUAUUAAUCCCGAUUUCUUUUAAAAUAUUUCUUUCGAUGACAAUCAGUCGUUUCUUACGAACAGUGUAGGUUAUGGUGGACUUGCGAUAAUGA